UGUCCCUCUAGGGCCGCCGUCCGCUGGCGCCCGCGGGCCGGAAGCGCGCGGGGAGGCGGGGGCGGGGCGCGGCGGCGGCCAUGAGCAAGAGGAACCAGGUCUCCUACGUGCGGCCGGCCGAGCCCGCCUUCCUCAGCCGCUUCAAGCGGCAGGUCGGGUAUCGGGAGGGGCCCACGGUGGAAACCAAGAGAGAGCAGCUUCCACUUGCAGACGAUGAUGGUGAGAAUGGCAGUGACAACGAAGAUGAACAGCCUCAAGUGGUAACACUGAAAAAAGGGGAUUUGACUGCUGAAGAAGCAAUGAAAAUUAAAAAGCAAAUUAAAGAGGCCUUGAAGUCAAAUGAAUCAGAUGGUGAACAAGAACCUGCUGAUGGAAAAAUUAUGUUCAGGAAACCAGCCAAACGUUCAUCAGAGAAGAUUUUGGACUUCAAUAUAAGCUCAAGUAAGAAGAUGAAAGAGGCAAAGAAAACUAAGAGAGAAGCAACUACUUCUCAGAGCACAGCUAAACAAAUAAAAAAUAGCAGUCUUCUCUCAUUUGAUGAUGAGGAAAAUGAUGACUAGGAGUUGUAUUUUUUUAUAUUUUACUUACUCUUCUAUGGAUCUGCAUAAGAUUGAAUGUUUUCCUAGAAAUUGGUGCACAGUGUCUGAGUCUUCGCUUACUUUGUUGUAGUCCAACUAGAGAAGCAUAGCAUAAAUCUAGCAAGAGCUAAGUCUUCGCAGUUCGGAUGGAACUGUAUGAACAGUAUGUCCUGUCUUUAUUUUAAAAGAUAAUUUAACUAUGUAUGUAAAAGCUAUUUGAGGUCACAAAUGAGUAGCAAAAUAUGCCUGUACAUAUCCAGCUUAUAUAAUUUUUAAAUCGAUACAUUGUAAAAUGUCCUCCAUUACUGAAAAUGUAUUUCCUCUCUAUUUACUAGCCUGAGUUGAUAGGUGUAUGUUUUUUACCUGUUGUAAAAAAAAAUUGUUGGCUUGAAAUUUGACAGAGAAAGACUUCAUUGCUUUGGAACAGAGGCUGCAGUUUCCUUUCUCACAGCUUACCAAAAGUUUACACUGAGUUUUUCAGGUAUGGUUUGGCAGAUGAGCUCUUUGCAGAGCCCUUGCAGUAAGUGAACUUGCAGUUGCUAAAUCACAUUGUCUCAAUCCUGCCUUCAGUGAGCGUAGUCUGAGAAGCAUAAAAUUCAUUUGACUUGAUUGUGCUAGCAAGAUGGAAAAAAAAUAAUUGUAGUUGAUGGUAUCAACUAACACAAAAGAAAGAUAACCUAAACCCUUGGAGAGUGUGCACUUCGGUUACCACAUUGGUGAUGGUUUGGUGGUGGUCUUCUUUCUGAAGUGUAUCUGUUCCAAUUGGCUGUGUAUGUGGUCAUAACUAUUUGGGAUCUCAAACAGCUUAUUUAAAAGAAUUUCAUCUUUAAGCAGUGGAAAAACUUUAUUUUGGUUUUCUUCAAGUAGGACAUUGUGAACAGGGAUUUAAAGACAAGAAAUGUUACAAAUGUGAUACAAAGUUUUAAAAUUCUUCAGUUGCCCGUGUCUAGCACAUUCACCAUUUCUGUAGUAUUUGUGUAACAGGAUAUGCUGAAAUUCAAAAUAACAUUGAGAGCUGAUGGAAUUGGGGAGAACAAGGGGUGGAGAUGGGACUAGUGAAUUUGAAAUUAUGUGGAAGUAUGGUGUGUUCUGUAAAGAUAUUUAAGCAAGACCUGAGACUGCUGCAGAAUUACAGUGUACAAGGCAAUGAAACAAGUUCUGCUGCAUGACAGGACAUUAAAAAUUAUUUGAGCUGUAAAGCUUCAUUGGGGAGCAAAUUUGACGUUGCUGUGUGAAACAGCUGAUUUUAGUGUGUCAAUCUGGUAUUAAACAAUAAAUGAUAUUUUCUAGAAGUCAUCCAAAGAUAUUUUAAUGAAAAUUCCAGUGCAUAAAAUGAAUUUUUUUGUCACCUGAUAAGGAAGCCUCUUAUGACUGCUGCCUGUCUCUGUACAUGCCUGCCUCCUGCCACAUAAGAUCAAAUGCAAGUCUGCAUACUAUUGUACAUUAAUUGUAUGAGUGCAUGUUACCCUGGUUUUGAAAAUGAAGAGAUCUCUUCUCCUUUCAGAAAAUUAAAAUCAGACCUAUACAUGGAUAUUAAAAUCCUGUUGUAGCACUGGUCUGAUGUUCAUACUGCCAAGAGGUGCCGUGUGACAACCUCAUUAUUCCCAUGAGAACAUGUUACAUUUGUAAAUACAUAAUUAAUCUGUAUUCUGCAUAUAUAUAAAAAAGAAAAUCAAAUGUAGGAAGAAAAAAAAUACACAAGCCAAAGUUCCCAGGGAUUACUGUUUUCAUGUAUUUUAUCUACUUAAAACUUGUUUGAAACCAUUAAAUAUACAUAAAUGCA